AUUCCAACUCAGUCUACCAAUAUGAAUGUAGUACAGAGAAAUGGGAGGAACUUCCUUCAUGUCCAUAUCAGAACUCUGGACUAGUCUGCUGUGGGGGGAUUUGUUGUGGGGGGACGGCGUGGAUCUCGUCGUACUAACAAAUUUUACACACUACGACAGAGGAAAUGGGUUGAGAAAUACCCUCCAAUGAACACUGCACAUUCCUCUCCUGCUGUAGU